CUCACGCCGCCGCUGGGCCCGCGCGGCCCGCGUCCUCCUCGCCAUGGACACCCCGGAGCACGUCUUUCAAAUGUUUGAAUCCCAUAUGCGAAACUACCAAGGCAAUGAUCCACUUGGAGAAUGGGAAAGCUACAUGCAGUGGGUAGAAGAGAAUUUUCCUGAUAACAAAGAUUACUUGAUAAUAUUACUAGAGAAUUUACUGAAGGAAUUUUUAGAUGAGAAGAGAUACCACAACGACCCAAGAUUCAUCCGUUGUUGCUUAAAAUUUGCUGAGUACAACAGUGACCUCCAUCAGUUUUUCGAGUUUCUGUACAACCAGGGAAUUGGAAGCCAGGCCUCUGCUCUGUACAUUUCCUGGGCAGCACAUCUAGAAGCCCAGGGAGAACUGCAGCACGCCAGUGCCGUUUUUCGUAGAGGAAUUCACAACCAAGCUGAACCUAGAGAACAACUGCAGCAACAGUACAGGUUAUUUCAGAUGCGCCUUACUGAAACUCGUUUGCCAGCUCAAGAGAAAGCCUCUCAACCUCUGCAUAAUGCCCAAGUUUUAAACCAAGCAGUAGCAUCAAAAUCAAGUCCAGAAAAAAACCCAGCCGGAGUUUCUAAGAUUCAGGGUUCUGAAGUUUCUGGAGCAAUACCUUCAGCUUGUAACAAAGAGUCAAAUAUGGAGCAAAGGGUAGUCAUGAUUUCUAAAUCAGAAUGCUCUGCGCACUCAUCUGGGGCUGCCAGCGCUGGUCUGCAGCCGGUCGUUAUGUACUGCAAGGAAAAGCUGAUUCGUGAAGAAACAGAAUUUUCCUUUGAAGAGCUUAGAGCCCAGCGAUACAAUCAGCGAAGGAAGCAUGAGCAAUGGGUAAAUGAAGACAAACAUUAUAUGAAGAGCAGGGAGGCUUGUGCUUUUGAAGAACAAUUAUUAAAACAGAAAAUGGAUGAACUUCACAAGAAAUUGCAUCAAGUGGUAGAGCUAUCCCACCAGGAUCCAUCUGCUUGCCGGGAAAGGUCUGAGGUCAUUGCAGAAGGUGUGGGGCCAAGUGUAGACUUCCAGCAGGAAGUGAGAGCUCCAAGUCUUUCAGUCAUCAAUCAGCAACCCUUAAAGAACUCGGAGAAACCCAAAGAGGUGCCACCUGUUGUUCCUCUUACAGCAAAUGCUGUUAGUGCUGCUUUGGUGUCUCCAGGCUUCAGCCAGAGUGAAGCUCCUCCUGCUCCUUUAAGGGCCCAGUCAGUGACAGACUCCCGAUGUGUGAAUCCAAGUACUCAUGAAUUCAAGCCACAGAUUGGAAGAGAAAUGAAAGAAGCAUGUGACAUACCGAAGGUCGCUGGCGUCAGUUCUUUUCACACCACUCCAAACAGCUCUCUAGGAAUGGUUCAGGCCACACCAUCCAAUGCACAGCCAUCACCCACCGUGCACACCAAAGAAGCCUUAGGGUUCAUCAUGAACAUAUUUCAGGCUCCUACGGUUCCGGACAUUUCUGAUGACAAAGAUGAAUGGACAUCACUAGAUCAAAAUGAAGAUGAAUUUGAAGCCCAGUUUCAAAGUAACAAAAAUGCAAGGUCUUCUGGGCCUUUGGAAAUCAAUAAGAUUAUUUCUUUGUCAUCUGCUAUCCCUAUUUUUGAAGAUGGAAACAAAGAAAAUUAUGGAUUACCACAGCUUAAAAAUAAGCCUCCAGGAUCCAGGACUUUCGGAGAACGCUCUGUUAGCAGAUUUCCUUCCAAACCAAAUGAAAUGCCUCACACUGAAGAGUUUUCAGAUGAUUUAACCAUCUGGGGCACUCGCUGCAACAAAACCCUUGCGCCCAGUCCUAAGAGCACAGGAGAUUUUACACCUGCAGCCCAACUGGUAUCUACACCAUUCCACAAGCUCCCAGCAGACUCAGAGCACAUGCUAGAAGAUAAAGAAAACAUGGUUAUAACACAGGAUACACAUGCAACUUUAAAUUCUCAUGAAAAAAAUAGAGUGGAACCUUCUAAGGACAGAAAAUUUGGUCCAAUUCAAGCCAAAGGCCCAGUGCAGACAUUCCUCCCCGACAUGUCCUCAGCAUCUGUACUUCACCCUGGCCAGCCUGCCAUGGUUGACGCCCUCCCCCAUGAAGCUGUGGGGGGCCUCGAGGUUUGCAAACGUCCAGGCAGUGACCUUGACAUCACGGAGCACCCAUCAGAUGCCAGCCCUGCACUCCAGGCACCAUGGAUACAGAGGAGUUCCCUUGGGAAUGUCACUGCUGCAAAGUUUACAGUUGAAAACCCAUGGGAUGAUGACUUGAUUCUCAACCUUUUAUCUGGGCUUUCUAAACGAGUGAGUUCCUAUCCAAAUACCUUUGAAUACCAGUAUAAACUUCCAGCCAUCAAGCCCAAGACUGAAUUGCAACUGGGUUCUUCGCUGGUCUACGUCAAUUACCUUCUUGGAGAUGGAGCUUUUGCCCAGGUCUAUGAAGCUACCCUUGGAGAUGUGAAUGGGGCUAAAAAUAAGCAGAAAUGUAUUUUAAAGGUCCAGAAGCCUGCUAAGCCCUGGGAAUUCUACAUUGGGACCCAGCUCAUUGAGAGACUAAAGCCAACCAUGGAGUCUAUUAUCAAGUUCUAUUCUGCCCACUUAUUCCAGAAUGGCAGCAUCUUAAUAGGAGAACUCUACAGCUGUGGAACAUUAUUAAACGCCAUUAACCUCUAUAAAAAUACGCCCGAAAAAGUGAUGCCCCAGGCUCUGGUCAUCUCCUUUGCUAUGAAAAUGCUCCACAUGAUUGAGCAGGUCCACAGCUGUGAGAUCAUUCAUGGAGACGUUAAGCCAGACAAUUUCAUCCUGGGAAACAGAUUUUUGGAACAAGAUAAUGAUGAUGAUUUAGCUGCUGGCUUGGCACUGAUUGACCUGGGGCAGAGUAUAGAUAUGAGACUUUUUCCAAAAGGAACUGCAUUUACAGCCAAGUGUGGAACUUCUGGUUUUCAGUGUACAGAAAUGCUCAGUAACAAGCCAUGGAACUACCAGAUUGAUUACUUUGGAGUUGCCGCAACAGUAUACUGCAUGCUCUUUGGCACUUACAUGAGAGUGAAAAAUGUAGGAGGUGUCUGGAAGCCCGAAGGUCUUUUUAGAAGGCUUCCUCAUCUGGAGAUGUGGGAGGAGUUCUUCCACACCAUGUUGAAUAUACCCGACUGUGACCAUCUCCCAUCUUUGGGUUUGUUGCACCAGCAGCUGAAGAGCCUGUUUCAGCAGCACUAUUCAAACAAGAUCCGGACCCUGCGUCACAGGCUAAUUGUGCUGCUCUUGGAAUAUAAGCGUUUCAGAAAGUGAAAUACAGAUGUGGACUCUCACCAGCGUCACUUUGUAAAUACCAACCUCUCAUUUUAAACCCUGAUUUUAUUUUUCACAUUAUUUAUGUGUUUGUUACAAAUAAAGUCCAUAACAU